AUGGCUCUUGUUACCUCUCAUCGAACCGAGCUUGCCAAGCUAUGUAGCUCCAAGGACUGGUCCAAGGCAAUUCGAAUCCUCGAUUCACUCGUUUCUCAGUCUGGUGCUGUUCAAGAUAUCUGUAACCGAGCCUUCUGUUAUAGCCAAUUGGAACUGCAUAAGCAUGUGAUUAAGGAUUGCGAUAGAGCGAUUCAGCUUAACUCCUUGCAUCUUCAAGCUUACAUUCUGAAAGGUCAUGCGCUUUCUGCGUUGGGAAGGAAAGCGGAUGCUUUAGUGGUAUGGGAGCAAGGCUUUGAACUUGCUCAGCAUCAAUCUGCAGAUUUGAAGCAGUUGAUAGAACUUGAAGAGCUUUUGGUGAAAGCAAAACAAGGUAACAAUGCAUCAUAUGAAACCAAUGGACCGUCCAUGGCGCAAGCCAAAUCAGAUUCUUCAUGUAAUAGGAACUUGACUGAAACUUGUGAGAGCCAGGCUAAACUAUGUGGCAAUACAAGUGAUAAAUCUGAGAUCUUGCUAAAGUCUACUGAUAAAUUUGAUGCAAAGAAUGAACUAAAUAGUGAAUGUAGAGAGUCUAAUAAAUGUGAUAGCCAAGUGAAUGGAAGCCCUGAUGUUAUUGAUAAUUUGCGCUAUAACUCUGAGUCGUGUAAUGACUCAAGUGAUAAUUCAGAAUCAUGUGAUAAAGUAUUUACUAAUAGCGGCGAAUCAAGUGACUCAAACGAUGCUCCUGAAAUUCUUAAAAAGCCCAGUUUUAAGUUUACUUUCCCCAGUGAAAAAAGUAGCGAAGCAAGGAAAAAUAAAAAGUUCUCUGCUGCUCGGGUUUCAAAGACGAAGUCUAUAAGUGUAGAUUUUCGGCUUUCACGGGGAAUAGCAGAGGUUAACGAAGGGAAAUAUGCUCAUGCUAUAUCCAUUUUUGACCAGAUAUUGAAAGAAGACUCUGCAUAUCCUGAGGCACUGAUAGGAAGAGGGACAGCAUUUGCAUUCAAGAGAGAACUUCAUUCUGCCAUAGAUGAUUUUACCAAGGCUAUACAAUUCAAUCCAUCAGCUGGUGAGGCAUGGAAGAGGAGAGGUCAGGCCCGAGCAGCCUUGGGGGAGUUCGUUGAGGCUAUCGAAGACUUGACUAAGGCAUUAGAGUUUGAAUCCAACACAGCAGACAUUUUACACGAGAGAGGAAUUGUGAAUUUCAAGUUUAAAGAGUUCAAUAGUGCAGUCGAGGACCUUUCUGCUUGUGUGCAGCUAGACAGGGAUAAUAAGUCUGCCUACACAUAUUUGGGCCUGGCAUUGUCUUCGAUUGGGGAAUAUAAGAAAGCUGAGGAAGCACAUCUAAAAUCACUUCAACUUGAUAGAAGUUUCCUUGAAGCAUGGGGACACCUGGCUCAGUUCUAUCAAGAUUUAUCAAAUCCGACAAAAGCUUUUGAGUGUCUAACUGAAGUGCUGCAAAUUGACGGGAGGUUUGCAAGAGCUUAUCAUUUGCGAGGCCUUUUGUUCCAUGCAAUGGGAGAGCAUAGGAAAGCUAUCAAAGAUUUGACAAUGGGGUUGAACGUCGAUGGUGCCAACAUUGAGUCCUUAUAUUUACGAGCUGCAUGCUACCAUGCUGUUGGACAAUACAAAGAGGCGGUCAAGGAUUAUGAUGCCGCACUGGAUUUGGAAUUGGACUCGAUGGAUAAAUUUGUGCUCCAGUGUCUUGCCUUUUAUCAGAAAGAGAUUGCUCUUUACACGGCCUCAAAGUUUAACAGUGAGUUUUGCUGGUUUGAUAUUGAUGGGGAUAUUGAUCCACUUUUUAAGGAGUACUGGUGCAAAAGAUUGCACCCGAAGAAUGUAUGUGAAAAGGUUUAUAGGCAACCUCCUCUGCGUGAAUCUUUAAGAAAGGGAAAGCUUAGAAAGCAAGAAUUAACUCUUACAAAGCAGAAGUCUUCUCUAAUACAUGCUGCAGACUCCAUUGGCAAGAAAAUCCAAUAUGACUGUCCUGGUUUCCUGCCUAAUAGACGUCAGCAUCGAAUGGCAGGAUUUGCUGCUAUUGAAGUUGCACAAAAGGUCUCUAAGAUUUGGCGUAUCCUUCAAGCGGAAUGGAAAUCUUCUACUAAAACCAACUCAAACUCUAAGCAUGGCAAACGGGCUAGAAGGAGGGAAAGAUUUAAUAUGCCUAGUCAGAAUAGGGGAGGUGCAGGUUGUAGUACAAGUAGUGCCUUGGAAACAUCUUCAUCUGGCAUUAUAGAUGAUAAACUUUCCAGCCGUCACAUGUCAUGGAAAGAUAUUUACUCAAUAGCUGUUCGAUGGAGACAGAUUUCUGAGCCUUGUGACCCUGUUGUGUGGGUGAACAAGUUGAGUGAGGAGUUUAACUCUGGAUUUGGUUCUCACACACCCAUGAUUCUGGGACAAGCCAAAGUUGUUCGUUACUUUCCAAACUAUGAAAGGACCUUAGAAAUUGCAAAGACUGUCAUGAAAGAGAGAUCUUAUGUCCACGGAAAAACUGAUCAGAUCAUUCAUCUUUCAAAAGAUGGGAAAUUAGAAGAGAUCAUGCAUGCAAAGUCAUGCUCUGACCUUUAUAAUGUUGUUGGUGAGGAUUUCUGGUCGGCUUCUUGGUGCAACAGUACUGCAUUUGAAGGGAAACAGCUUGAAGGGACAAGGAUUACACUUGUAAAAAUGGGGCAACAUGGUUUUGACUUUGCCAUUAGAACACCUUGUACACCUGCCAGAUGGGAAGAUUAUGAUGCAGAAAUGGCAAUGGCGUGGGAAGCUCUCUGCAAUGCUUACUGUGGUGAGAAUUAUGGAUCUACUGAUUUUGAUGUGCUUGAAAAUGUGAGAGAUGCAAUUUUAAAGAUGACAUAUUACUGGUACAAUUUUAUGCCACUAUCUAGAGGAACUGCUGCAGUUGGAUUUGUAGUUAUGCUGGGUUUGUUACUUGCUGCUAAUAUGGAGUUCACAGGAAGCAUUCCACAGGGUUUCCAAGCUGAUUGGGAAGCCAUUUUGAACUUGGAUCCAAAUUCUUUUGUGGAUUCGGUCAAAAGUUGGCUAUACCCAUCUCUGAAGGUGACAACCUCAUGGAAAGACUAUCAUGAUGUCGCCUCAACUUUUGCAACAACAGGGUCGGUUGUUACUGCCCUGAGCACUUAUGAUGAAUGA